GGUGCCUGCGCCGGCGGCCACGUCCUGGCUCGGCCCCCCAGCGUUGGCGCGAGAUCCGAACGCCGGCGGCGGCCGUUAUAGCCCUUCCCUGAGGCCGCGGGACCGGCAGCGAGAGCCACGCGUCCUGUGGGCUGGGUGUCCGCGGCGGCCAUGAGGCGGAGAGGCCCGGAGGAGGAGGCCUGCGGCGUGUGGCUGGACGCGGCAGCCCUGAAGAGGCGGAAAGUGCAGACACAUGUAAUGAAGCCAAACACCAAAAUGCUAACACUUUUUCCUGGAGAAAAAAAGGCUAAGAUUUCCUUUACUCAAAGAAUUGCACCUGCAGGCAUUCGGCAGACCAGCAUCGCUUCCUUCUUCACCUUGCAGCCAGGAAGGACAAUUGGUGGUGACCAGAGGAAUGUUUCAUCUCCUAUAGAAAGUCAGACCAACAAAGAGUCUAAGAAUGAUGUAACCCAGCUAGACCAUUUGAUCCAGGGCUUAGGGGAUGAUUGCAUGGCACCCCCAUUAGCCACUUCAACCCCUGCAGACACCCAGGAAGCCGGACUUUCUCCACAGCCCCUCCAGGAUUCUGGCCACCACAGAAUGGGAACACCAUUUUUGACUGUGCUGUCUUUGCUCCAGCCUGACACCUUAGUCCGCGCUGGAAAGAGUAAAGCCUCUCCAUCUUGUUCCUUCACCAAGAACUUGGAAGGUUCUCGCUCACUGGACCAAAAGGAGGAAGAGAAAGACUCUUCCUGGAAAAGGGAAUGGCUUCAUGGAUCUAAGAAAAAGAACUAUCAGGGUGUGGAGAGACCCAUUAAACCACCUCGGGGCAAGGGCCAUGAGCCCUUGGACAAGACGCCAUUAGAAAAGGUGUCUGCAAAAGAAACCAGACAGACCCCGAUCCUCCUUCAAACACACAGGGAUUCCUGGAAUGGGGAAAACACACACUCAGUGAAACAAAGCCCUUGUCCUAUCCCUCUAUUUUCUUGGGACAGUGAAAAGAAUGACAAGGACUCUUGGAGUCAGCUUUUUACUGAGGAUUCUCAGGGCCAGCGAGUCAUUGCCCACAACUCUAGAGCUCCUUUCCAAGAUGUAACCAACAACCAGAAUCGGGGCUUAGGGCAGUUUUCUAGCAGCCGUUGGGCUCAGUGCCAGGAGACGCCCACUCAGUUAAAUCUGCAGCCUGAUUUGCUCUUUACCCAGGACUCAGAAGGGUCUCACCUGAACACCUGUGUUCUAGCCGAGAUGUUACCCACCAGGUGGCAGUUUCCCAUGUUGCAGGGCUACCUUAAGAGGCUCAAACAGCCCCUAGGGGGCAAGUGUGCAAGCUGUAAGAUGGAACUACUUUAA